AUGGAAGGCGUGUAUGGAGACGAGCGAACUCGGGCCCUCUCGACUGUGGACAUUUUCAUAGUCGAUGUCGAGCCGAAACACCUUAGCAAGUUGAUGAAGGCAACGGGGAAAGAAUUCCCCUUAUCAGGUCUGGACCACCUCAAACGGGUGCGGAAAACGCAAAGCGAAAAUGGAAAGCAAACAUGCUCCUUCUUCCUUUCCCCAAGAAGCCUCACCACCCAGCCCGAGCUCGAAUCCUUCCUGGCCAAACUCGAAAUUCCACACUCCCCAAUCGCCACGGCACAAGUAUCUCGCUAUGCAGCGAUAACGCGAGAGCAGUUCGAGGAGUGGAAGCAGCUGUGGCCAAUGUCGUAUCACGACCAUGCGAUCAAAUUAGAUGCCCCACCCACCGACGAGGAAAUCGCGCUUGCACAGCGAUGGAUGCGCGAGGUUGUACAGCUUGCGAGAAGCGUUGCGAUUGAAGAUGAAGGGAGGGGCUUACGAGCGAAUGCCGCGGUUAUGGUGGAUCCCGCAACAAACACGAGACUCGUAGUCGCGGAUGAUUGUCGCGCCAGUCAUCCGCUUGGACACGCGACGAUGAGAUGCAUCGCUGCAGUUGCGGAGCGAGAGAACAGACGGAGAGGGAAUGCGGAUUUCAAUGAGGAUGCCGUUGUUGGCCAGAAGAGGAAGGCGCAUGCAGAUGAUGAAGCGACGACAACUCCCUGGUCAUCAUCAUUGUCGGACCAGCUUGGUGGCGCAGCAGCGACUGCGGGGAAGUCGGGGUACCUCUGCACGGAUUUGGACCUAUAUGUUCUGCGCGAACCAUGUUCAAUGUGUGCGAUGGCCUUAGUCCACUCCCGAAUCGGCCGCGUCUUCUACGCCGUUCGCGAGCCGCACGGCGCACUGGGAAGUGCAUAUAAAGUGCAUAUUCAUCCCUCGCUCAAUCACCACUACAAAGUUUUUCGGGAUCUGUGCGGUGGCGAGGCGCGGGAUGCUCUGGGUGAACAUGACGAUCGGUAG